AUGGUCGCCAAUCAUCUCCUCUCUAUUCUCUUCGCAUUUAUCUUGCGUCCUCCUGGGUCUGUUAUGAGCCAGAGAAGGGUUGGCCGCGCGUGCGACCUGUGCAACUCCUCCCGCACGCGCUGCAAUGGGGAUUUGCCUUGGUAUGAACGAAUCAUCAACUCUCCGCUACCAGCCGAAGCCCAUUGCGAUCUAGAUGUACCGAGUACUCCAUCUUCCGGAGGGAUUCAUCCAACUUCCUUUGGACCAGCCCGCGACGAGGCCUCGAUAGAUGGCGUACCAGCGGUUUCGGGCUUUCUUGCGAUGGGCCGCGAGCUACCAGAGUCACACGAGCCAGUGAACAUGAAUAAUUUCGAGGCCACUUUCGCAACAUAUCAGGCCAACAUUCCCCGGUCAUUCGACUUAUCGCAGCCUGAGUCGGGGGCGACUGCGCUGUCCCCAAUCCCUCGAUUUCCCACGCUGGCGCUAACUCCCCCGGAUGCUAGCGCAACGUCGGCGUCAAGCACGUCGUUGGCCGCGGGCUGCCGCUUUCCAUGUCUCGAGCCCCUCCUUCCUCAUCUGAAGAGUGUCUUGAGCCCAGAAGACGCUUGCAGUCUGCUCGAAACCUUCUUUACCGAGCCCGGUGAGUCCGCCGGAUCCUCCCAUAGCCCCUACGUUCUCUCCCCCGUGCUUCGAAGAUCCGCGGUCUUGGAUCCGAUCAAGCCGCGGCCGACCUCUCCAGCGCUUCUGGCAACAAUGCUUUGGUGUGCAGCGCACACGGCAAAUGGGAGACUGUACUAUAUCCCAGGAUCGCGGGCACGAAUCGUUGAUCACCUUUACUGCCUGGUGAUGUCCUUACUGCAGCGCCUGGACCCGGAUAAUUGGCGUCGCGUAAACGGGGGCUGGCAGUUGGAAAACGACUGUGUCUCCGCCCUUGAUGCUGGAGACCCAGACCGCGCUCGCAGGACUUUCGGGACUGGCCCUACCCCUACGGUAGACGAUGUCCUCACGUUCGUCAUCCUGACUAUCGUUAUUUCCGGUGGCGAAUACAAGUCAGACUGCUUGAAGUGGUGGAACAAAGCACUUCGCUUGAUCAAGCAUCUUGGGUUUCACCAGGACCCCUUGCGGACUGGCCAGCCGGAACGGGGAUCACUUCAGAUCAUCGAAGAACAAGAAGAACAACGGCGGGCUUUCUGGUUGGUCUAUGCCUUGGAUCGGCACUUGGCCGUAUCUCACAAUCGUGCCGUUUAUCUCCUCGACGCCGAAUGUAAAGUGCUUACGCCCCUACCAGAAUCUUGCUGGCAGAGGCUGCAUGCCUUUACAGCUGACACCCUGCCCUCGAGGACCUACGGCCCGCCAACUGUCAUUUCGGGAACUGGGCUCUUUGAGUACUUCCUCCCCUUGAUGUCUAUUUUGGGGGAUAUUAUCGAGUUUCGUCUGUGGCGCCACCAUCCGCGACUGAAAUUCGACGAGCAUGCCGUGGUAAGGGACAUCGAUAUUGCACUUACCAAUUGUCAUCAGAGUGUUUCAGAAUGGCUUCGCGAGGUAGGUCAGACUGCAAACGCCUCGCGACCUUCCUCGACGACUCCACGUGCCGAGGUGACAAUGGCAUACGCCUCAUAUAUUAUCAAGGUUCUCUUUGUAAUGCUGUAUGGGGAAUGGGAUGCCACCAGUAUGCUGGAAAACCAUGGGGACUGGAUCACCUCCGCACAAUUCUCUGAGUGCGCCUCUCAUUCAAUCGCUGCAGCCCAGCAAAUCUCCUAUGUCCUCUCGAUCGAUCCCGAACUGUCGUUCAUGCCCUACCUGGUGGGGAUUUAUCUUUUCCACGGCAGUCUCGUGCUUCUUUUGUUUGCUGAGCGAAUGCCUCUCGUUGGCCCGAACCCGUCGGUGGAGGAAGCCUGUGAAGUAAUCAUCCGCGCGCAUGAAGCUUCCAUCGUGACCUUGAGCACGGACUUUCAGAAAGCUUUCCGAAAGGCUUUCCGAUCGGUGCUGUUGCACUCUCGUGCCCAAGGGGAGGUGAAUACCGAGCUUAGAGCCUUGCGGCAGGAUAUAUUGUCUAUGUAUCGCUGGACAUUAGGGGACCCGGGGCUGUGUCUGUAG